AUGAUUAAACUUCCCAUAGUAGUGUUUCAUAGUGGACAGUGGGAUGAUACAAAUAGUUACUUGAAUUACAAGACUACAGGUGUAUUGGUUGAUGAGAUGAUGUCUUUUGAAAAUUUUGUGAGUUUGAUAUUAAGAGAAGUUCUAUUUGAUGCAUCUCCUUCUUCAAUACAACUGUCAAUCUUAUUGGAUUAUGGUAUCACUAAUAUUCAAACUGUGGUUCAAAUUCAAGAAGAUAAAGAUGUUACUUGGUUUCUAAGUUUAGUUAAAGGGCAAAUUACAAGACAUCCAUUAGUUGCCCAUGCUAUUGCUCAUGUCCCUGAUAUGGAUUUAGAAUGGUCUAGUGUUGUUGACAGUGGGAUGGAUAAUUUGUGUUCUUUGCUGCCUUCUUCUUCCAUUGAUGACGAUUUUCAAAUUCUUACGGAUAUUCAUGUUAGUAGCUUGUCUUCUACAUUCGAUUUGAAAGAAAAGGAUAUGUUUGCUAGCAAGGAAUUACUAUCAAAGUCAUUUUACUACAUUGCUAUAAAGAACAACUUUGAGUUCAAGACUGUGAGAUCAAAUUCUAAAUCUAUUGAGUUUAAGUGCUCCCAAGAUAAUUGUCCAUGGUAUGUUCGUGCAUCUCGUUACAAGGGUGGGGAAUUAUGGCGGCUAAGGAAGUAUAUUGCUAAUCACAAUUGCUCCAUAAAUGUUAUUCAAACUACUCAUAAACAAGCAUCUUCAUCACUGAUUAGUGAUUGUAUUGGAAAAGACUUUAGUUCUUUUGACCGUUCAACUCCAAAUGAUAUUAUGAUUCACAUGCGUACUAAACUUGGUGUAAAUGUUAGCUACUAUAAAGCGUGGAGGGCAAAGGAACUUGUUAUGAAUUCUUUGAAUGGUGAAGCAAAAGAAUCUUAUGCCUUGAUUCCAAACUUUUUCAUGAAACUAAAAGAAAUUAACCCAGGUUCAUUCACUGCUUAUGAAACUGAUACAGAGGGACAUUUUAAGUACUGUUUUAUGGCUAUUGGAGCAUGCAUUGAAGGAUGGAAAUAUUGUAGGCCCAAUAUAUCAGUUGACGGUACAUUUUUGAAAUCUAAAUAUGGUGGAACUCUUUUGACAGCCUCAACAAUUGAUGCAUUACUCGAUUCUAUUAGACAAAUACUUCAAAAUUGGUUUUAUGAUCGAAGAAAAGUUGCAUGUUGUAUGAGAACUGUUUUAACUAGUUGGGCUGAGGGAGAAUUACGAAUUCAACAUCAAAACUCAAGAAGCUUCACAGUUAAUGCUAUUAAUGAUGUUGAAUUUCAAGUGAUUGAUGGAAGAAAACAAUUUAUUGUACGGUUAGAUUGCAAAUCAUGUACCUGUCGCGUUUGGGAUCUUGAUGAAAUUCCAUGUGCCCACGCUCUUGCUGUUCUUCGUGGGCGUAAUAUGAAUACUUACUCUUUUGUUUCCAAGUAUUUUUUGUCAAGUACUUUGAUUUCAACUUAUACUGGAUCAGUUCGUCCGGUUGGGAACCAUGCCAAUUGGAAAUCUAUUGGGAUUGAGAAUAACAUACUACCUCCAACUUUCAAGCGUCGAGCAGGACGACCGCGAAAACAAAGAAUAUUAUCAAUUGGCGAGAAGAAAAGUCAUUCAAGAUGCAACCAUUGUCAUCGUGCUGGUCACAAUCGUAGAAAUUGCAAAUUUCCACCAUUUUUACAGUGA